AUGAAGAAUAACCAGAGUAGCACAUCUGAGUUCAUCCUCCUGGGACUCCCCAUCCAGCCAGAAGAUCAAGACAUGUACUCUGCCCUGUUCCUGGCCAUCUACCUGACCACAGUGCUGGGGAACCUGCUCAUCAUCCUGCUCAUCAGGCUGGACUCUCACCUCCACACCCCCAUGUACUUCUUCCUCAGCCACUUGGCCUUCACAGACAUCUCUUUCUCAUCAGUCACAGCUCCAAAGAUGCUCAUGAAUAUGCUGACACACAGUCAGUCCAUCUCAUAUGCUGGGUGUGUUUCCCAGGUAUAUUUUUUCUUACUGUUUGGGUGUGUUGACAACUUCCUUCUGACCUCCAUGGCCUAUGACAGGUAUGUGGCCAUCUGUCACCCUCUGCACUACACCACCAUCAUGAGUCAGAGCCUCUGUGUUCUGCUAGUGAUAGUGUCCUGGGUAUUUUCCUCCACCAAUGGCCUUGUGCACACUCUUCUCUUUGCUCGUCUCUCUCUCUUUAGAGACAACACUGUUCACCAUUUUUUCUGUGAUCUCUCUGCUUUACUUAAGCUGUCCAGUUCAGAUACCACCAUCAAUGAGCUGGUCAUUCUCACGUUAGCAGUGAUAGUUAUUACUGUGCCAUUCAUAUGCAUCCUGAUCUCGUAUGGUCACAUUGGAGCCACCAUCCUGAGGACUCCCUCUAUCAAGGGAAUCUGCAAAGCCUUGUCCACAUGUGGUUCUCAUCUAUGUGUAGUUUCUUUGUACUAUGGAGCCAUUAUUGGGUUAUAUUUUUUCCCCUCCUCCAAUAAUACUAAUGAUAAGGAUAUCAUUGUAGCUGUGAUGUACACUGUAGUCACACCCAUGCUGAAUCCCUUUAUCUACAGCCUGAGGAAUCGGGACAUGAAAGGAGCACUGAGAAAUGUCCUCAGCAGGAGAGUCUGUUCACAGUGA